UAUCGCCUGGGGCGCUCAUUUCUCAUCUAUUACAUUAUUGAUCCUGGUAUAAAUCCCGCCUCCAACAGUGGUGAGUCCACAGAGUGGUACAGGCAGUACGCAGAUUGCUUGACAGCUAGAGAGGAAGGCACGCGUUUAUAUAGCUGGUUAUAUCACUGCAAAGACAAUGGCGCUGAAGGCAUUUCAAGUAGUAACUUUUGCUACGACGCUUGUGGUGGUUCUUUCGGUGAUGUCUUCCGUUUGGGCAGAGGAGGAGGAGAACUUCUUACCCGUUGAGGAAAGAAGCGAAGAGGAAGAUGAGGCAACCCUGGAGGAACUGCUAGCAGAUAUCCUGCAGAGACUACGUGUGAAUGAAGAGAAGCGUGGACUCGGCAAGUUUGGAAGAAGGCCUCUUCGCCAGUGUAAGGGCAACAGCAUGUGCAAGAUUUUCUACGGCUCCAGACCCAAGACCAUUUGCUCCUGCCCCAAGGACACUGAGUGUAUGGCGCCCCCUAACAGCCGGUUCAAGUACCGCUGUAUGUAAAUGACCAGAAUAGUCAACUGACCAGACAAAGGCGAAGAUCGGAUUUUCUGGACUUCACCAUGAAGGAGACCUACACGUCAAUCUAUGUAGUGUGCCGUUACAUCUAGAAUACAUGGAUACUCUAUUUAUACAGCGCGAUUAGAUCUCAUAUUGCAAAUACCUAUUGUCCGGGACGUCCUUUAUUGUAUAUUUGAUUGAUGUGACAUUACUGUGUAAUGUGUUGGAUGUGAAGGGGCGAACAAUGUUAAAAAAAGAACACAAAAAGACGCGGUUUCUGUUGUAAUUACAAGUGGCUGCUUUCCUGGGCAGUUGUGGAAGUAUUACUUAAAACAAGGGUCCAACGAUGUAAUGUGAGGCCGUGACGUGAGAAAGACAGUAUCUUCAUCAGAAAGAUAUACGUAGUUCCUGGCAAACAGUAUAUUUCAUUAUUCCUCUUGCUCUCAAACAGCAUACGUCAUGUGGUUUAGUAGAGUUUGGAGGAAUGUCGAGAUGUAUGUGCCGUUAUAUUGUGGAUAGUCAGAUAAUCUCGUGUCGAAGUGUUAUAUAUACAAUACCUGUACGACUAUGACCAAAAUGGGAAAAAAAUUCUGUCAUUUUGUCAUUUUCUGUCAAUUUUUUUUUUGUCCGGAAUGGACAAGGAAACAAUAAAGCAUUC